AUGCAUACUCAUCAUUCACAUAGUGGAGACUAUGUCUCCCAUGCUCAUGAUCCAUUGGAAGACAUGGUAGAUUCGUAUAUUGCAAAAGGUUUCAAAACAUUGUGUCUAACUGAACAUAUGCCUAGAUCAGAAUCAAGAUUUUUAUAUCCAGAAGAAUUAGAUAAAUCAUACACCACUAAUAAUUUAUUCAAUGAUUUUGAUAGAUACCUAGCGCAUGCUAAAGAGUUAAAAGAAAGACAUAAAGAUAAAAUAGACAUUAUAAUUGGAUUUGAGAUUGAAGGUAUAAAUGAGGAUCAUAUAAACUUAGCCGCUAAGUUAAUAAAAGAUCCAAGAAUUGACAUUAGUGUAGGGUCAGUUCAUUUCACUCACGAGGUACCAAUUGAUUUUUCUAAAGAGUUAUGGAUAGAUGCUAAAAGGGCAAGUAAAGGAGGGUUAACUAGACUGUUAUAUAAAUCAUAUUUUGAACUACAAUCCAAAAUAAUAGAUUUGCAACCAACAAUAAUUGGUCAUUUUGAUUUAAUAAGGCUAUGUCAACCAAAAGAUGAUUAUGAUGAAACAACUAGCAGACCUACCAAUGAUGUCGACAUAGAACAAGAAUGGCCAGAAGUUUGGGAAGUUAUAGUCGAUAAUAUCAGAAAAGUCGUUCAUUACGGUGGAUUAUUUGAAUUAAAUUCUUCAGCUAUAAGAAAAGGUUGGGAUGAACCGUAUCCUAGAAGAGAUAUAGCUAAAGCUAUAAUAGAGUUGGGUGGUAAAUUUUGUUUAUCUGAUGAUGCUCAUGCGUUAUCUCAAAUUGGUCUCAAUUAUCAUAACGUCUUAAAGUAUGCAAAAGAGCUUAAUAUACCCAAUUUAUAUCAUGUUGAAACUACAAACGAUGGAAUAAAAUUAAUCUCAGACACAAUAGAAGAAAUAGAGAAAUCUCUAUUUUGGAGCAACUCCAAUUAA